GAAACAAUUGGGGGUCACUAUGUUUAUAGGCAAUCAGUUAUCUCCCCUAACAGCUUUCUGCCGUAUGAUUUGAUUGCUAGAAAUAUGUUAUGUGUACAGGCGUCAUUUAACAGUCUAUACAUUCUGAUGAAUAAUAAUGCCUGCAAAGUUGGAAAGGAACACAGCUUGUCAUUUUUCUUUGAGGUUUGAGCUUAGCACCCCGUUUUCUUAACGUGAUACAUUCCAAGGUGGCCGGAAAAAUUAUGGGAUUACAGCCCACAUGGUCCAGCAGUUGCAGACGGAAGUCGUGACGCAGGAGCAUCUCAUUUUGCCGGAGCGGAGUCCAUUUGUAUCCAAAACAUGUUCCUGCUCAAUCUGGCUCAGGCAGACCUGUUCGCCGCACUAGGCCGGACAAGUGCGCCGAGUUAUCUCCCGCUGCACAUGGUGACCCCGCGCAGACACGGAGACACGUUCUAUCCCAGACAAUUCAUUCUUGGCACCCGCUCGACUUAACCGGCUCCUAACGGCCGGCCAUCCCUCGUACCGUGCUUCCAAAGGUGUGUUUCUGUACUCCCCGUGCUGUAGCCCACUCUCGGGAUAACAAAUUUGCGCUAUCUCCACAAGGGGGAGGCAGCUGAUGACCAAACGCCCCGUGCACUCGGGAAGACUUUCAAGCGUCCCCCGAGCUGGCCAACCACCAUACGGCUAGGUAAUGUCGUUAGUGUGUAAUAAGGAUGAGGGAGUGUUCAUUAUUGGACGCAAACGCCACAGCGCCAGGGGCUGAGUAUCAAUGCUAUGCGCAUUUGACACGUGUGACGAAGCCCUACACGAAGGAUUCCCGGUGUCUGUGCUAUCGAGAGGGUGCGUUGUAGGCAGACAGUACAUGCCCGUGUACGUUUUAAUCACCCUAAAUACUACCUUCAGGGAUUGUACCCUCGCUGCAGUUAAUUUCAGCCCAGGACAGAAGGAGUUUUAUCUUGGAUAAUCCAGCAGCUGCCAUCUUAAAAAGGGACAGAGUGCGGCCGCCCGCUGAACUGACGGCGUCAACGAAACCGGAGGAAUAGUGGGACAAAUCGAUGCCGGGGUAGCGUCCGCGUGUGUGUCCGCAUAGACCUGCCAUUCAUGCUGCAUUAUCAUCAUCUCGUGUCUCCAGAGGCUGCUACUGAGGGGUUAAGUUUUAAACGUGAGGAGAUGGCGGCCCAGUAGCAGAGGUUCAUUACGACGGCGAGGAUGGAAAUAUGGGACCACCAUGUAAUCUAGCUUCAGGGAGCAUGUGAUGAGUAAUAAAGCGCAUGCUGCAAGGGGAGAUUGACUGCACUUUAGGGUAUUUGCAUAGAAAUUAACAUUUGUGGCACAAGCGAGGGAGAUACAGCGAGUAACCAUGGGGAGCGAUGCGGCUGCAUUUGCUUGGUUGGUCCUGCUGGCCGGGGUUUUGCUGUCCGAUGGCUGCCCGCGGAAAUGUACGUGCCCGACUCAGUACCUGGCGGUGUACUGCGAGGACACGGGAUUGACUGCCGUUCCGGAUGGCAUUCCGAGUAACACGCGAUUAUUGAGUCUUCACAACAACAACAUUACCGUCAUCAUGAAGGACCAGUUUAAACACUUGGUGGAUUUGGAGACCUUGCAAAUGAGCCAGAACAAGAUUAGUGACAUUGAAGUCGGGGCCUUUACCGGGUUAGACGCUCUCAAGACACUGGAGUUGUACUACAACAAGCUGGAGAAAGUGCCAAGCACAGCGUUUGCAUACCUGCCCAAUCUACGUGAGCUCUGGUUGCGUGGAAAUCCGAUCAAGAGGAUAAAUUCUUGGGCCUUUGUUCACGUGCCAACGCUGACGUACCUGGAUAUAGGGGAGCUGAAGGACCUGGAAUUUAUCUCCGACAACGCAUUUCUAGGCUUAACCAAGCUGCGGUAUUUAAACAUGGGUGUGACCAAUCUCAAGAAGAUGCCUGGAAUUAGGCACCUGACCAACUUGGAGGAGUUGGAUUUGUCUGGGAACCCCAUUGCCGUCAUUGAAGCUGAUCAUUUCCAAAGUCUUCGAAAUCUUCGCAAGUUAUGGCUCACUUAUAUGCAGAUCAACACGGUAGAAAUGAACGCACUGGAUGAGUUGGUGAGCCUGUACGAGCUGAACCUAUCGUACAACAACCUCACCAUGCUACCUUACAAUUUGUUUUCGCCUCUGCCCAACCUUCAGAAAGUCUUUCUUCACCACAACCCCUGGAGGUGCCACUGUGAGAUUUUGUGGCUCAGUCAGUGGCUGAGAGACAACAUUCCUUCCAACCGCUCCUGCAACCCGUGCGCGCAGUGUGCGUUUCCCGACGAGCUACGCGGAACCUACAUCGGCGACGUGUAUGAUUCCAACUUCACGUGCGCCGUUCCGAUCAUCGAGACCCAUUCGCGGGAUAUCAACAUCACGGAGGGGAGUAACGCGGAGUUGCGCUGCACUUCCGGCCGGGAAACCGCCAUCUCUUGGAUAACUCCUAACGGGACCACCGUUACGCACGGAUCGUACAAGGUGAAGGUGAAGGUUCUGAGCGAUGGGACUCUCAACAUCUCCAGUGUGACUGUCAGCGAUUCUGGCAAGUAUAUAUGCGUGGCAGAAAACCCUGUGGGGAAUGCUACAAUAAGUGUGGUGCUGACUGUCAAUGGCACUGGGAAUAUAUCCUUCACUGUGACCAACAAAACUAUGCCUGGAACGGAGAGUUCCUUCAAUUUGCCUACAGAUUCAGCCAAACCAAAACCGCCGCAGUCCACGCCUCCGAACGUAAAGGAACCCGAAUCAGAAGGGACUAACGGCAUUCCGAAGGUAGACGAUGUCAUUGUUACAACCAAAAUCAUCAUUGGCUGCUUUGGUGCCAUAACAUUAGCAGCCAUAUGCUUACUCAUUGUAUACUACAGGAUGCAGAGGAAAAAGAAAAAGAAACCGAAGCCGCAGAAUCGGUCGUAUUAUAAAACAGUAGACCUAGUCAAUAUAGAUGAGCUAUGUCCAGACAGCCCAAACUCGAUGGGAAAGUCUAUUAACACUACGUCUAACUCGUUGAACACUCACACAUCUUUGUCUAUGAACAACAUGAGUACCUUUACAUCAUUGCACACACUUCCUCACGAGAACUCGUCUCAGACGCUUCCACGAGACGGAACCUUGCACUCUAUAACAAAAGACGGACUCCUGCAUAACCUUUCCGACAAGGCGAUCGCCACGUACAACACCUACGCCACUCUACCGAGGGAUCCAACCACAGAGAGUAUAACAGAAACACAGUUGUAGUAGUUACUCAAAAGUGCAACCUGUGUUAUAUAAGUCAUAGCAUUAGCUGACUGUGACGGGCAGUUACUUCUUCUGUACAUAAUGUAUGUAUCUCGUUCAAUGUAUUUUUGUGUCUAAUGCAGCAACUUAACCGUGGCGCUAACGAUUCAUCAUUAUACUGUUCCAAUGUGGUGCGCAAAGUUACUGGUUAUAGAAUUCAAUUUCAAUGAAAUUGUCCCUAUUGCCACAAUUCAUGGGGUACUUAACAAGAGUGGAAAAAAAAAAGACUGUGUCUUUUUAAAGCAGUGCAGUCAAAAUAUUGUCCAGUGCUGGUUGUAGAAAGAUUUUCCAGGUAUAUACUGUUGCUGUGACGGACAUAUUUGGACAUCGAAGUGCGGUGCAUGUUUGUUAUUGAGUUUUAUGAGGAUCAAAUGUGUCAAAUGUCGACAGAUGAAAUGAUUUCUUUUUUUGUGACUGCUUGCAAACCCUAUUACCUAACACAGUGCGUGUCGCAACAAUUUACCAUCACCGAGCCUAUUGCCAACUCGUAGUAAUAAAAGGCAUUAUUGAAGCACAUGUAAAUGUAUAAGGGGUUCUACAUGUGUACCUAUCCGAAAACACCGACAAUUCUGCCUUUUUUUCGAUGACUUAAAGAUAUGAAUGUGUCAAACGUGUAGAAAACAAGCAUACAAAACAGAGGAUCAUAUUUUGAUAUUUCCGACGUAUAGAUACAUGUAAGUCGAACUAGGAUGCCACAACACCAGUGGUAGAAGUGGCUGUACACACAAAACCUGUAUAGAGAAAAUGUCUUGCAUCAAGUGAACUGGUAAUAUAUUGUUCAUACAUGUACAACUGCUUCACCUUUCUUAUUACGGCAGUAGUGUAGAGUUUAUAACCGACACUAAUGUACCAAAUAUACAUGGGGGGCACGUAUCAGCCGCCUUGAUCCUCCGGAGCGUUGGGACGUACGUUUUCCGUGAUUGAUUACGGUCAAAUACCCACUUGUCGAUAGUGCGAGAAAAUAAACCAUAAUUUUCAACAUCAGCAGUCGAUAAU